GGCAGCGUGGACAAAUGAAGGGCCUGUUUGGUCUCCAACGACAGCAGCACUGCCACCACAUCCAAUCCAUUUGUAUCCCCGAACUCCAGAGCCAAUUUCUCGGUUGCUGUCUUCGUUACCACGUAAGCCUCGACAAAUAUCCGCAGCGACCUUAGAAACUCGAUGUCGGUCCACGAGCUCUCAUCCACGGCGGCGGGCGCGCCAGAUUGUUUAUAAAAGGAAAAUAAGGAAAGUAAGAAAUAAGAUAAGACAAUUUAAGUUUAUACACCAGCAACUUAUGACUUUUUCGCAUAUUUUUAGGCGAGGGGCUGGGCUUUUCAGAGGGGCAUUGUUGCUACUCUUGUUCAUGUCAAUUGUUGUGGUAAGCAGACCUCCAAAUAGAUUAGGGUUCCUAUUGUCCACAAUCCUCAUUCCUGACUUUAGAAAAAAUAUGUUGAUGUGUUACCAAAACAGAAUAUUUCAAAAACAAAAAAGAUAUUCUAAAACAUUUAAACCUGAUAAAAAGAGGUGGACACCAGCAUCAGGAGGGAGGCCAUCUAUGAUCGUCCUCAGCCAUUCUCCCCCGCCCAGUCAUCCACAAUUCUGCCAGCCCUACCAGCCGCCCAGCCGACGAAGGAAAAGAAGAGGAAGGGGAAGGGCGAACAGACCGACCGGAGGACCCGACAGAGGCAGCAGCAGGUUCCACAGUGACCCACAUGCGGAC